GCAUAUGGUAAAUGGCAGCCAGUUUCGAUUCGAGCAAGCGAGGAGCUCGGAGCUAGCUAGCUAACAAACGCAACAUCCGGGUUUUCCCUAUUGAUGACGUCAUCAAUCUACCGGUUGUUAUUUUCCAUCAUUCAAUUUCUAAAGUUCGAGCUUUCAGCUUUGAUGUAAGCUUUACCUGAGGAAAAAAGUAUGCCUCGUCGACGGUUUGUUCGACUUCGAUAUCGUGCAGAAGACGUUAGGCUCAAUGCUGAAGAAGAGGCGUCCACCCCAGCUGUGGCUGCACCUCCUAAAAGCCCUGGAAAUGGACCCUACACGUGCGAGGUGGUCCAAUGUGCUAAGGAGUAUGGUCGCUGGAAGGAUCUCAAGCGCCACCAACGUAGUCAUCAGUUUGACAAGCUGCACAGAUGUGACCAAUGUGAUCAAUCCUUUAAUGUGGAAUACAACCUCAACCUGCACAAGGCCACUCAUGAUGUGGAGAACCUGGUGUGCCCUGAGUGCAAGAAGAAGUUCAGUCGUGUGGCCAGUCUCAAGUCACAUAUCAUGCUUCAUGCCAAGGAGGAAGUGCUUAUCUGUCCAGAGUGUGGGGAUGAGUUUGGUCUCCAGAGAUCUCUGAAUGAGCAUCUACAGGAGCAUGCUGCUGAAGCCACUGAACCCAAGGAACACACAUGCAAGAUCUGCACAGAGAAGUUCCCCAUGCAUUAUAUGCUCAAAGAACACAUGAGACAGAAGCACAAACCCAGAUUUAGAUCUGCAGUCAUGAACACAAAGUUUGUGCGACGCAACCUGGACAGAUCACGAUUUCAUCAUGGCUGUAGCUUCUGUGGCAAGUCCUUUUCUAAACCAAGUCAGCUUGAGCGACAUGUUCGUAUUCAUACAGGUGAAAAGCCAUACAAGUGUCCCCAUUGUGACAAGGCUUUCAACCAAAAUGGAGCUCUUCAUGUACACUUGACAAAGCACACCGGAACCAAACCACAUUCCUGUGAAUUCUGUGGUCAGAAGUUUGCUCAGCGUGGAAACCUGAGGGCACACAUUGUAAGAGUCCAUGAAAUCAACAGCGAGUUGGAACAGAGGUUUGAGUGUCCACAGUGUUGCUGUAACUUUCGUAAAAUGAGCAGCUUGAAUGCACACAUCAGUCGAUUCCACAACAGCGAGGAGGCUUCCAGUCCAUUGCUGUCACUCAAGGCAGCACUUUCAGCUAUCCAGGAAGGAGCAGAUUGGUUAGAUAGUACUGUGGAUACUCCAGCAUUAGCUGGUGCCCUGGAGCAACUGAUCAAUAUGCUGGAAGAGAAUGCAGGUGAAGGGGAUCCAUUGGAUAGGAUCCAGGAGAUCAUGUCUGGUAAUACUAUCAAUACUGAUAUCUUGCAGCAGGCACUUGAUAAUAGUGGUGUAACAAACAAUGUGGUCGAAGGACAGACUGAAACUCCUGCUCCUGCUGCGCCUGUCGCUCCUGUGGCUCCAGAUGCUCCAGAUCCUGCUCCUGAAAUACCUACUGCUUCCACCACAGCACCAACAGUAUCAACAGAGACCACUGUAGCUCCUGCUAACAACCAGCUCAACCAAUUGUUUUCCUUUGUUGCAGAGAUUCUUCAGAGGAGAGUCAUGGUGAAGAGAAGUGCACCUACAGGAUCACGGGUCCAUACCUGUAAUUACUGUGCUAAAACAUUCAAGAAGCCUAGUGACCUUGUCCGACAUGUUCGCAUUCACACUAAUGAGAAGCCGUACAGCUGUACACAGUGUGAUAAGACAUUCACGGUCAAGAGUACCCUCAUGAGUCACAUGAAGACGCAUGCAGGGGUUAAGGAAUACAAGUGCAAUGUUUGUGCUAAGUUGUUUGCAACACAUGGGAGUCUGAAAAUCCACCUCAGAUUGCACACAGGAGCUAAGCCAUUUGAAUGCCAACACUGCGAAAGGAAGUUCAGGACGACUGGACAACGCAAAGUACACAUGCUGUGCCACUUCAAGGAAAAUACUGAAAAGAAAACUAGAUCAGCCCAGGCCCGUGCAAAGAAACUCCCAGAUCUAGACCUUCCGGACAUACCACUUCAAGAACCGAUACUAAUAACAGACACUGGUUUGAUACAGCAGCCUCCUAGGAACAGUAAUAUGUACCAUAAUUAUCUAUCGGAUGGGCUGCAGCCGAACAACACAACAGAUAGACCUUAUCAAUGUACAUACUGUCAAAAGUGCUUCAAGAAGUCUAGCCAUCUGAAGCAACAUGUGCGGUCACAUACAGGAGAGAGGCCUUACCAAUGUAUGACAUGUAUGAGAUCAUUCAUAUCAUCAGGAGUCUUAAAAGCUCAUGAGAGAACACAUGUUGGUGUCAAAUCCUAUAAAUGUCUUAUUUGUGAUUGUCUGUUCACCACCAAUGGAAGCUUGAAACGUCAUAUGUCGACUCACACAGAUGUACGCCCAUUCAUGUGCCCAUAUUGCCAAAAGACAUUCAAGACAUCUGUCAAUUGUAAGAAACACAUGAAGAUGCAUAAGCGAGAACUAGCUCUUCAGGCCAAACAGCAGGAGAAUAUAGAGCAGGAUCCCAACCAUGUGCAGGAGAUUCAGUCUAUUGCAGAGCAAGCAAGUAACCUAGCUGAGCAUUUGGCAAUAGAGCAAGCAUCAAACUCCAUUCUAGCUUUGGCACAGGGUCAACUUACUGUUGGUCAAGAUGGACUCCAUGGAGCAAAUGCUCUUAAUGAAACAAGUCUUGCUUCUCAGGCUUUAGCACAGCAGAGCCUUGCCCAGAGUAACUUGCUAUCUGAGGGAUUGACUCCUGAAGCACUUGCUCAGGCUGGUCUAACACAGAACUAUGUUAAUGCUUUCACUCAGCAAACAUUAGAAAGCCUUGCCAAUAGUCAAGGCGACAUCACUGCUGAAAAUCAGAUCAGUCUUCAGACACAACAAAUUCAACAACAGUUGGAGGCAAUUACAGGUCAGUCCGCCUCCUUGUUUUCUCACGCAGUGAAUAUCCAGCCUGUUCAAGAAGAACUGCCACCACCACCUCCACAAGAAACCAACCGUUUGCCCACCACUAACACAUCCUCUGUGUUUGCUACUAACGAGGGAGAAAAGAAAACAUAUUCUUGUCAUUUUUGUGAAAAGACUUUUAAGAAAUCCAGUCAUCUGAAGCAACACAUCCGUUCACAUACAGGAGAAAAACCUUGUAAAUGCAUGCAAUGUGGUAGGUCUUUUGUUUCAGCCAGUACGCUGAGAAACCAUAUGAGAACUCAUUCAGGUAUCAAGAGCUUCAAAUGCAACCUUUGCAACACUUCAUUCACAACGAAUGGCUCCCUUGUAAGACACAUGAAUAUCCACACUGACCAGCGCCCUCACACAUGCCAGCAGUGUGGAGAAGCAUUCCGUAAACAACUGGACCUGAAGAGACACUUGAAAGACCAUGCAACAGAGAGUGAUGAUGGGGAGCAACUUGAAGAUGGUAAACGCCCAAGGAAUGUGAUCAGAUUUAAUGAGGAAGAGGCCCAGCAAAUUGCCAAGAAACCCCUUGCCAGAAAUGCAACAACAUCUGAGCGAAUACUUGUCCAAAUGGUAAAUGAUAAGAACCGUGUGAGUGAGGUCUUAACCCAGGAAGAUGUUCUCAAAAGUCGGCCAAACUUUCCUAAUAGAUGCAUUCAUUGUUCCAAGUCUUUCAAGAAACCUUGUGACCUUGUUCGACAUGUAAGAACUCAUACUGGUGAGAAGCCAUUUAAAUGUACAGAAUGUGAACGUACAUUUGCUGUAAAGUCAACACUAGUAUGUCAUGUAAGAACUCAUAAAGGUGGAAAGCAGGAGGUUUGCCACAUCUGUAAAACAACAUUUGCAACAGUUGGGAGCUUGAAGGUUCAUAUGAGGUUACAUACAGGUGCUAAGCCUUUUAAAUGUUCGCACUGUGAUGAGCAAUUCAGGACUUCAGGUUCACGUAAACAACACACGGAAAAUCACUUCAAGCCAGCUACAGCAAGAAAGCGUAAGGCUGCUGAGAAAGUCACCACAAAUAAGGAGAAUUCUAUUGCACAGCAGGUUAUAGUUGAGACGGCGCAUGCAGAAGUUGGACAACAAGGAUCCCAAGAUCUCCAAGUUUCUCAAGUGCAAGUUGCUAGUGAUCAGCCUGUGUUGCAAGCAAUCCAGGCACACCAACUUAAUGUGGGUAACCAGCCCCAGACCAUAACCAUGAACAGUGCAGAAAAUGGGGCUGAAAAUGCAGCAGCGGUUCUGAAUGGAUUGGAGCUGCAGCUAACUGGAACCAAUUUGGGCCCGAACCUGCAUAUUCAAGGCUUGGAUGCAAAUAACAUUACUGUUCAGAUUGAUCCAACCCUCCUUCAGCAAAUUCAGCAGCUGCAGCAACAUAAUGCCAUCACAUUGCAGACUGGAGAACUGAAUUUAGGGCAAGCAAGUUUGCAACUAUCCCAGCCGGAUCUUUCAACUCUAAUUGGUGGCCAGGAAGUCAAUCUGGCUCAUCACAUACAUGGUAAUAUUGACCCUCAGACUGGACUCCUUGUGCAGAUGGAACCCUCUACUCUUCAGCAGCAGGUUCCACAGAUGAUUAGGAUUGAUACUGGUGUUGGGAAUCAACAGCAAACCAUCCAAGUUCAAACAUCAUCUGCUCCAAGCUCUAACCAUAACCAAGCACAAGUCGUGGUUCAAAAUUCAGGUAUUCAGAACAUUAUCCCAUCCCUCCAGAACCAAUCCUUUAUCCCCAGCACCUCUGGAAUGACAACACAAGUGGUUGCUCCUCCAAACUCAGUGGCUCCAUUCCUGCAGGGUUCUGAUGUUCAGAUGACAAUACACGAUACUCUGGCUCAGAAUGUCUCUCAUGGUGAGGCUCUCAUGACCAAUAAGAUGUACACUAUCCAUACAACGGACAGAGGUACGCACUUGGUUCAGACAGAUACAACCCCUUCACAGGCAGACACUUCCAACCUUGGACAAUCAUUCCAGCUCUCAUUGUCAGGAGAUCAGCUGUCACUACAACCUAAUAUCCUCCUCCAGCAACCAAACAUCCAGAACCCUGUAGAGUAUACUCCAUCAUCUAGCAUUGCUCAUUCCCAAGAACAAAUCACCAUAUCAACAAAUGGGGCACUUGGUGAUUCAGAAUCAUCGGGAACAGUCACUGUCAAUGUUGUUGAUUUCGCCAAUCUAGCAUCGCAUGAAAAUGUGCAAACAACUGCAUCAAGUUCAGCUGCUGUUCCUUUGCAAGAAGAGGAAGAGAGUGGUGAAGAGGAUGAGGACGAUGAUGAUGUAGAUGAUGAAGAUGAAGAGGAAUUGGAAGAGGAAAGCGAAGAUGAGCUUCAGUAUGUGACCGAAGGAGGAAAUCUUCCUAGUACUGGGCCAAUGAUUGCAGGGCAUCAUGUGAUGAGGGAAAAGCCAGCCAUGUCUGCCAAAGAUGCAGCAGCAGCCAUAGGAUCCAUCUAUCCCUGCACGGUUGAUGGUUGCAAUGAGCUCUUCACUAAGAUGCAGCAGCUCAGCCAGCACCAACAGCAGAAGCACAAAUCUUUAAGACCUCAUAGCUGUAAAGUCUGCAGCAAGUCCUUCAAACGUCCAGGUCACCUGAGAGAUCACAUGACCACCCAUGAUUCAGAGCAGAAAAAGAAGAAGGCAGAGAAGAAGCUGUCUGGAAGUCAUUCUUGUCAGCAAUGUGGAAAGUCAUUUGGCAAGCCUAGUCAAUUGGAGAGGCAUCUAAGAACUCAUACAGGUGAGAAACCCUAUUCUUGUCCUGAAUGCCACAAGGCCUUCAGCCAGAAGAAUUCACUUCAGAUCCACAUGAAUGUCCACACGAGAGAACGCCCUCACAAGUGCCCCUAUUGUGAACAGUCCUUCGCCCAGAAAGGUAAUCUAAAGACCCACCUGGUAAGAGCACACAAGCUUUCAGCUGAUGAUGUGAAUCAAACCAGCGAUGCUGUCACUGGGACAACCACUACACAAGAGGAUCUUGACAUAGAAAGACUCUUCUCAGCAUAGUACAUCUAGUAUGUCAUAGACUCUUGUCAUAGACCCAUGAUCCUGUAAUAACAAGACCAGGAAUGCUGUCACUGGGACAACCAUGCAAGAGGAUCUAGACAUUGGAAGACUUUUCUCAGCAUAGUACAUCUAGUAUGUCGUAGACUCCAGUCAUAGCCCCCUGAUCCUGUUAUAACAGACCAGGAGCAAUGUCAGUGGGACAACCAGACCAGAGGAUUUAGAUGCAGAAAGAAUCUUCUCAGCAUAGAUCUACCCAUGUAAUACUCAAAAGGAUUAAAAAAUUUAAAGGAUUCAAAACGUGAGAAGGAUAGCUACUCAAGAGGAUUCAGACAUUGAACACGUUUAUGGAGUCUGUCCAAGACCCAUUACAAGGUGAACAAAGAUUUGAUCAUGGCCAGGGCUUUGCUUUUUUUUUAAUUCUCAUUUUGCUUCAUCUUUUUGUCUUUUUGCUCAACUCCAGAAGAUUAUCUUUGCAGUCGAUUAUGGGCAUCUUAACUGAUAUUAGGUAUAUUUAUUGUUGAUAAAGUCUUUUCUCAGUUUUCCAUACCUGAUAUCGCUAGAGGCACAAACAGAGGGUAGUGUUGUUGUGAACAUGGGCAGUAUUCUGAUAAACAUGUUAUGCACCACUUCAACUUAAGACAUUAUGGUUGGAGUAGGUAUUUGCAGCUAGGUCAUAAAUGUUUGUCAGGGACAUUAACAGAAAUUCAUUGUAAAACAUGUUAAGGACCAUAACAUUUGCGUUGAUGGCAGCAUACAAGGUCAGAAAUGUAUAUUAGAGCUAUAUACAGAUCAUUAUUCUGCACUAAUUAUCUUUUUACUGAACAUGUUUUCAGAAUACUGCUGCAGGAUCGAGGCAUGGCAAACUGAUUUUCCUAAGGCUUGUUCACCUUUAAUUAAGCAGUCCAAUACGAAUUAACUAUGAGCAAUAAGGAUAAACAGGAGAUACAGUACCAGUAUUCAAAAUGGCUUCAUAUAAAGUGAUAUCUAGGUGCUCUAUUUCAUGCAGUUUAAGAUAUCAAAACUGAAAUAUACAUUAUAAUCAUGAACACUGACAUAUGGCGAUAGUAGUUAUAUAUGCAAUGAAUGGUAUGGGAUAUGGGAAUUUAAUAAAUGCAUAUAAAUGCAUAUAAAUGGCUGCAUUAAAACAAAUACAAUUCAGCAUGUCCUAAAAUUCAAUUUCACUUAUUUCCCUAGAUAGUAUACAGUUAAACAACAUAUUUUGCCUGUAGGAUAUGACUGACUGAAGACUCUUUCUUUGGUUACUUUGUAAUGCCUAAAUAAAACGAAUAUUUACUUGUAAGUGAAUCCUUGCCACUCCAGAGUUCACAAGCAUUGUGUCGUUAUAAAUUAUUAUGAUCAAGUCAUCUUGAUAGAGAUCCAUGUGUGUGCAUGUCUGUGAAAUAUAUUGGGCACAAAUUAUCACAUGGAAAGAGAUAUUUGAACAUAUAAUGUCUGAAACAUUUGUAUUUUAUAUGAUACUCUUUUAUAUUUACAUUUCUAUGUGAUGAAUUGACUGCUACACCAGCAUUCGGUAUCAAAAUUAAAAUCUUUUUCUUGACAAAUUA